GUUCUACUGAUUUUAUUAUUAUCUUGAUUAGAGCAGAAAUAGACAACCAAAGGCGUAUUAUAUUAAUUGUAAACAAAUAAUUGGAAAGACAGACAUGAUUUCUUUAAAAUUUUAAAGUCAAAAUUCUCAAUUGAAAUAAUGGCUUGUAAUAAUAUAUUAAGACAUUCAUAUUUUUCUAUUUCUAGUUCUUUUGCUCAUAAGAUAGGGAGUUUCAAUGGCAAAAAUAUGAAUAAUUGGAAAUAUAAUAAGAUUUGUCUUUAUAAAGCAUUUACACCUCAAAACUAUUAUUCUUCAGUACUGUUUAGUAAAGAAAAAAAUCGAGCCAACUAUGUAAAACCUCUAGACAAAUUAUUUAUAUCUGCUGCAUUUUUAUCUCAAGGAACUAAAGAUGCUUUUCAGGUUGUUGUUACAAAUCCAUCGGUACCAUCUGCUGAACUUUCAUCUAGUGUUUCAAGCAUUGAAGAGGUCUCAAAAGUUCUUUCUGACUCGGGUAGUCAUGUUUCUACUGCAUCAGAUAUUGCUGUAACUCUCUCUGAUCAUGUGCAGACUGUUGCUCAGUUUGCAGAACCAUCAUUAGCUAGCUUAGGUUUAGCUAAUUACACUCCUGUUGGGUUGAUACAAGUAAUUUUAGAAUAUCUUCACAUUAGUGCCCAAAUGCCUUGGUGGAUGGCUAUAACUAUUGCUACUGUUAUUGCCAGAAUUCUUUUACUUCCAAUAUUAAUAAAGACUCAAAGAAACACUCUGAACAUGAGCAAUCAUAUGCCUCAGCUUCAGUUCUUACAAGCUAGAUUUGGAGAAGCCCGCCGCUCUGGUAACACUAUGGAAGCUUCUAGAUUUGCACAAGAAAUAGUGAUGUUCAUGAAAGACCACAAUAUAAGUCCAAUAAAAAAUGCUCUGCUUCCAAUGGCUCAGGCUCCUGUGUUUAUAUCUUUCUUUUUGGGAUUGAGGGCAAUGGCAAAAGCUCCGGUAGAAAGUAUGAAGGAAGGUGGAUUGUGGUGGGCGACAGAUUUGACAAUACCUGAUCCUUAUUACAUAUUGCCAGUUAUUUCUUGCAGUACUUUAUACAUAGUAUUGAAGAUUGGAGCUGAGUCUGGAGUGAAACUUGAAAACAUGAAAAUGGCUAGAUAUUUUUUACAAGCCUUACCUGUAGUGGCUUUACCAUUUUGCAUAAAUUUUCCUGCGGCUGUUUUAUAUUACUGGGUUACAACUAAUUUUUGUACUCUAGCAAUUGUAUCAAUUUUGAGAUUGCCUCCUGUUCGUCAGUACUUGAAUUUACCACAACAACAGGCUGUUGACCCAAAGUUUAUUAUGCCUAAAAAAUCAUUUGUUGGCGGAAUGAAAGAAGCCUGGGAAGAUCAAAAGGCAUUAUCAGCUGCUGAAGAUAGAAGAAGGAUGGAUGAAAUCAGAUUCCAAAAAGCAGGAACUGGUCCUAUUCCGAGAACAUAUUCUUAUGAUCCUACAAAGGUUAAACCAUCUAAUGUUGCUGCUGCUGCAAAUAAAAGCCGUCAAUCAAUGUCUGCUAAAGAACAUAAAACAUGAUUGUAACGAAGCUAUAAAAUUGUAGCAUUGUUUUAUUGUAUAGUAAAAGAUAGAAAAAAUG